GCAGUAAGUUUCACUGUCAAUCUGAUUACCCCAUAGCUGGCUUUUGAGAUCUUUAUAUACGAUUCAAGCGUCUGAUGAACUACCUGUUUUAUAAUACAUCAAACUCAAAUAACCUUCAGUUCUUUCUCUUGCUUCGGAGACGAUCGGAAACCAUGUUUCCAGGCAUUUUCCGUUGUUCCAUGCGCCAUGACGAUUCAAGGAAGAAGAAGAGCAACCCGAGAAAUGUGGAAAUAGAAGCUAAAGACUUGCGCUUCUGGUACUCUGUUCAGUUCAAUAGAGAUUCUCCCCACAACCACAACCAAUCAAGAUUCAUUCUAAAAUCUCAGAGCAACUUGAACAGGAACGGAGCUUUUAAGGUGAAGAAGAAAGGAGAUAUGGCAGCCAAGGUCUCUAAUUUCUCAGAUCUCAUACAAAGAGUGGCAGCCUCUUGCUUGCUUCACCCACUUGCCAAUGCUCGACAAGACCUCCAAGACGUUGAAGAAGAAGAAGAGGAAGAAAAUAGAGAGCAAGAAGUCGAAAUUGUGAGAGAGAGGGAAGUGGUGAGUGUAGAGAGAGUGAUAGAACUGGAGACGAUAAUGAGCGAGGUCUUUGAGGCUUUUUCUGCUAUGAAGAAAGCGUACGUUAGUUUACAGGAGGCGCAUUGUCCGUGGGACCCGGAGAGGAUGAGGGUAGCCGAUGUGGCGAUCGUUGGAGAGAUGAGGAGGGUUGGCGUGUUGAGAGAGAGAUGGUUUAGGAGGAGGGGGAUUGCUGGCGGCGGAGGAGGUGAUGGUGGCGGUGCAGGAGGAAUGGUGAGAGAAGUGGUGGCGCCGUACGAAGCGGCCGUGGAGGACUUGAAGAAGGAAGUGAAGUCUAGAGAAGUUGAAGUUCAGAACUUGAAGGAGAAGCUGAAGAAUGUCACCAGUAAUCUUGGCAGUAGCAAAAAGGGGAGGUCUUUCUCUAAGAGGAAAGUCAACUGCAGCAGUCAAGCUCCUCAAGUUAUAGCGGCACCAGCACCAGAGCUGUUUGAAUCUACGAUGAGCAUGGUUAAAGAGGCAUCAAAAUCUUUCACAUCACUGCUGCUCUCCCUUAUGCGAGCUGCGCAUUGGGACAUUGCUGCUGCUGUGCGCUCCAUUGAAGCUGCCUGUGCCAACAGCCCUGAAAGCAUCACCACCAUCACAAGUUCAGUGGUGGCAACCCACCAUGCCAGGUAUGCACUUGAGUCGUACAUUUCAUGCAAAAUCUUCCAGGGGUUCGACCACGAGACUUUCUACAUGGACGGCAGCCUUUCUUCUCUCAUCAAUCCGGACCAGUAUCGUCGUGAUUGCUUCACCCAAUUCUGUGACAUGAAGGCCAUGGACCCUGUUGAGCUUCUGGGAAUCUUGCCCACAUGUCAGUUUGGCAAAUUCUGCUCUAAGAAGUAUCUUGCCAUUGUUCAUCCCAAAAUGGAAGAGUCCUUGUUCGGAGACUUGGAGCAGCACAGCCAAGUAUUGGCUGGAAAACACCCAAGGAGUCAGUUCUAUGGUGAAUUCUUGGGACUGGCCAAGGCAAUUUGGUUGCUUCACUUGCUGGCAUUCUCACUUGACCCAGCACCGUGUCAGUUCGAGGCAAGCAGGGGAGCAGAGUUUCAUCCACAGUACAUGGAAAGUGCAGUCAAAUUUUCUGGUGGCAAGCCACCCCCUGGUCAGAUUGUUGGGUUUCCCGUGAGUCCUGGCUUCAAGCUUGGAAAUGGAACAGUAAUCAAGGCUAGAGUUUAUCUGGUAUCGAGGACAUGAAGUGUUUUCAUUCUUGUAUGUAGUUUAUGGGUAUUGGGAAGAAAUGGCACUGGAGAUGUUUCCUUUAUCAACAGUAUGUCCUCCAUAGAGGUUUUAGACUACCACGACUUGUUAUUAGGUUCCUAGGUCGGUAAUAUUAGACUGUGUGACUUGAACAAGUUCUAUUUUGGCAAUUUGAAUUAAACCUUUUAGAUGCUAUACUUCGUGCUUCAAUAAAAAAAGGGUUCAUCCAA